AUGUCAGACAUUGAAGAAGGCACCCCUACCAAUAAUGGGCAGCAGAAAGAGAGAAGAAAGAUAGAAAUUAAGUUCAUCGAGAAUAAAACAAGGCGCCAUGUGACAUUUUCCAAGAGGAAGCACGGUAUCAUGAAAAAGGCUUUCGAGUUGUCUGUGCUAACCGGUACACAGGUGCUGUUGCUUGUUGUCUCAGAAACUGGUUUGGUGUAUACUUUUAGCACGCCAAAGUUUGAACCUAUAGUCACGCAGCAAGAAGGUAGGAACCUGAUUCAGGCAUGUCUGAAUGCCCCUGAUGAUGAAGAAGAAGACGAUGAUGAAGAUGAUGACGAGGAAGAGGAGGACGAUGCUAAUGAUAUGCAACGCCAGCAACCGCAGCAUCAACCGCAGCAACAGCAACAGCAACAGCAACAAGUAUUGAAUGCGCAUGCGAAUAGCUUGGGUCAUCUGAGUCAAGAUCAGGUACCGGCAGGCGCCCUGAAACAAGAAGUCAAAUCUCAAUUGUUGGGUGCCAAUCCUAGCCAGAACCCGAUAAUUCAGCAGCAGCAACACCACGCUCAGAAUCCACAAACACAACAGCCACCGCAGCAGCAACAGCAGCAGCAACAGCAGCAGCAACAGCAACAUCAAAUGCCCCAGCAUCCUCGACCACAACAAGGAAUACCCCAUCCGCAACAACCACAGCCACCACAACAGCAACAGCAACAGCAACAACCACAGCAACAGCAACAGCCCCUCACUGGCAUUCAUCAGCCUCAUCAACAGGCUUUUGGUAACGCUGGCUCUCCCUACCUGAAUGCUGAACAAAACGCCGCUUACCAACAAUAUUUUCAAGAGCCACAACAAGGUCAGUACUAA